AUGCGGCUCCUCGCCCUCGCAGCGGCCCUCGCCGCCCUCGCGCACGCGCAGAAUCUGGACAUCACCGUCACCACACCCGUCGAAUGCGUGCGCAAAACCCAAAAUGGCGACAGUGUGCAAAUGAAGUACAAAGGCACGCUGACAGACGGGACGGAGUUUGACUCCAACUACGGUCGCGGCACGCCCUUUGAAUUCAAGCUCGGCGCAGGCCAGGUCAUCGAGGGGUGGGACAAGGGGCUGUUGGGCAUGUGUAUUGGAGAGGGGAGGAAGCUGAUCAUCCCCCCGGGUAUGGCGUAUGGGAACCAGCGGGUUGGACCGAUCCCUGCAGGCAGCACGCUAGUUUUCGAGACGGAGCUUCUCGGUAUCAAGGGCGUCGAAGCUGAACCCAAGCCGAUCGAUGCUGGUAACGAGCCGAUCCUACCUGUAAAGCCUACGCCGACGCAACUGGACGAGGCGCCCAAGAGUAGCGAUGUGGCAAAGGAGGAGAACAUGCCUACGCCCCCAGCCGAGGCAUCUAGUUCCGUGGCAUUUGCAUUGCCCACCGCUGAACCGUCAAAUAUUGCAAGCGCCACCGGCAAACACCCUCUCGACGGCGAGGACGGAAAAGGCGAAUGCAACCUUCUUGGCGACUUCGCUCUGAUCGUGCAGGGGGCUCUGGGCCUGCUUGCUGUUUCCUCGCUUGCAGUCAAGAGACUGAGAGAACACCCACGACGUCCGAUGAAGAUCUGGUUCUUCGACGUGUCCAAGCAGGUUUUUGGCUCAGUGCUACUGCAUUUGGCAAACGUCCUCAUGUCCAUGCUCUCUUCUGGCCAAUUCGACGUCCAAGCGCAGACACAAGCAGUAGCACUAACCGCUGUUGCCACCGAGAAGGGUGACGAGCCAAAUCCGUGCUCGUUCUACCUGCUCAAUCUAGCUAUCGACACAACUAUCGGCAUUCCCAUCCUCGUCCUUCUCUUGAAAGUACUCCACAGGGCAUUCCUGCUCACACCCCUCGCCUCACCUCCUGAGUCAAUCCGUUCUGGAAACUACGGCUACCCGCCUCGCGCAACCUGGUGGCUCAAGCAAUCCAUAAUCUACUUUCUGGGCCUGAUCGGCAUGAAACUUUGCGUCCUGGCCAUCUUUGCGCUCCUACCCUGGAUAGCGUGGGUCGGCGACUGGGCUCUGCGCUGGACAGAGGGCAACACGGCGUUGCAGAUCACUUUCGUCAUGUUCGUGUUCCCACUGAUCAUGAACGCGCUGCAGUACUGGAUUGUAGACGGAUUCAUCAAGGACCCGGCGGGGCAGGAGAGCGGCUAUGAAGGUGUUGGCGGUGAAGACGACGACGACGAAGAUGACGAUGAGUGGCUCGAACGCCAGCGCAGGAGGCGCGCGGCUGGCAUCGACGGCGAAGACAGCGACAUAGAAGACGAUGGAUCGAAGGGAUUGACGGAGGCUAAUCCUACCACCAUGCCUGCGCGCCAGCACUACGAUCCCGCGACCGACGGCGAGGGCAGCAGUCGCGAAGCGAGUAAAACCCGGACUGAUUAG